UCCAUUGUAACUAUUCAAUCAUAGCUUCACUCCACCAUCUUCAGGUUUUCUUCGUCGUCUUUGUUUGAGUUUUUUUUUCUGCCGUUAUGGGAAAGAUCAAGAUCGGAAUCAAUGGAUUUGGAAGGAUCGGGCGUUUGGUUGCGAGAGUUGCUCUCCAAAGUGAUGAUGUUGAGCUCGUUGCUGUUAACGAUCCUUUCAUCACCACUGAUUACAUGACCUACAUGUUUAAGUACGACAGUGUUCAUGGUCAAUGGAAGCACCAUGAGCUUAAGGUGAAGGAUUCCAAGACCCUUCUCUUUGGUGAAAAGCCCGUCACUGUUUUUGGUAUCAGAAAUCCUGGGGAAAUCCCAUGGGCUGAGGCUGGAGCUGAGUAUGUUGUCGAGUCUACUGGUGUUUUCACCGACAAAGACAAAGCUGCUGCUCACUUGAAGGGUGGUGCAAAGAAGGUUGUUAUUUCUGCUCCCAGUAAGGAUGCUCCCAUGUUUGUUGUUGGUGUCAACGAGAAGGAAUAUAAGCCUGAUCUUAACAUUGUCUCCAAUGCUAGCUGCACCACCAACUGUCUCGCCCCAUUGGCCAAGGUGAUCCAUGACAAAUUUGGCAUCGUUGAGGGUCUUAUGACCACUGUCCAUUCUAUUACUGCUACACAAAAGACUGUUGAUGGUCCAUCAAUGAAGGACUGGAGAGGCGGUAGAGCUGCUUCUUUCAAUAUCAUUCCCAGCAGCACUGGAGCUGCCAAGGCUGUUGGCAAAGUUUUGCCGGCAUUGAAUGGCAAGCUGACUGGAAUGGCUUUUCGCGUUCCCACUGUUGAUGUCUCUGUGGUUGACCUCACUGUGAGACUUGAGAAGAAGGCUACCUACGAGGACAUUAAGGCUGCAAUCAAGGCGGAAUCUGAAACUAACUUGAAGGGAAUUCUUGGUUAUGUAGAGGAAGAUUUGGUCUCAACUGACUUUGUUGGAGACAACAGGUCAAGCAUUUUUGAUGCCAAGGCUGGAAUUGCUUUGAACGACAACUUUGUUAAGCUGGUUGCAUGGUAUGACAAUGAGUGGGGUUACAGUUCCCGCGUUAUCGACUUGAUCCGACACAUGGCCUCUGUUUAAGCUUAGCGAGUGAUUGGAUUGUGGUUGGUGUUUCCAAGCCUUUUGCCUGCUUCAAUUUAAUUUUAAUUUAGAAGAGAGAUGUGAUGAGAAUAAUCGAAUUGUACGGGACAUAUUUUUGUGUGAAGAGGGGUGCUUCAUUUCAUCACCCCAAGUACUUUAAAAUGUUUGGUGUUUUCAUUGCA